CCGUUGGUAAAAGGCAUUUUGCUUGUAGUGUACAAUCUAGGUUAGAGAAAAGAUGAAAAGUAUAACAGCAUACAAAAAUAUUUUUCAUUACUUGUAGAUGUAUUUUACCAUACGGAUUGCCAAUAACAACCAUGAAUGACAUUUUUCCGGUUGAGAAAGAUGGCCCUAAGAUCUUGAUUGUUGAGACACGCAGGGCAAGCAUGGAGGAGAGAAACUACGGACUAUUCUACCCCAUCGUUGAAGGGCUGAAAAACCAUCGGACAACCGGCCGCCGGCCGUGGGUGGUCAACGGAUGACGAAUCCGGUGAACGGCGGAGGGAGCGUUUCGAAGACUACAACGGGGAACAAAUGGCGCGUGGCUACUGGCGAAAUCGGAAGGGGGAAGUUACAGGCGGCUCUGGACUGCUCGUUCGGUGAGGUAGGCCCAGACUGCCUUGCGACCCAGCCGAGUGGGCCGUGUCACGACCCAAAUACCUUGGAAGCCCACGCGUCGUUUGCUUUCAACAGCAACUACAAAGAAGAAUGGGCGCGGCGGCUGGACCUACAGCAACGGCUGAUAGAGCUGUUAAUAUCCUAUGCAAAUUAAUUAAUUUGAUUGAAAUUGAUCCAAUUUAAUUAAAAUUUAAUUUAAAU